UUAGAAAUAAAACGUCCGAGCUAAGUCUGGUGGUGCAAGAAUUAUGUCCCGAUAUAAUCGUUGUUACAGAAACUUGGUUCACCGUUGAUAUAGACUGUUCUCCUUUCAUUGCUGGUUAUAUCUGUAUCAGAAGUGAUAGAGUUUCGAGUCGCAAGGGGGGAGGUAUAAUAUUAUACGUUAGGGAUCACUUUCGUAUACAAUCAACCAUAUCGGAGGCUCAUAUCAGUGGCACAUGUGAGGUUGCAUGUUGUAAGAUUAAAUCUAGAAAUGGGUUAAUGAUUAUAGGGGGAAUAUACUGUAGUCCGUCAUGUCUGGCUGACGACUUUAUCCUAAGACACAUCUGUUCUUGGAGUAUGGCAGAAUGUUGUCUCAUCAUUGGGGACUUCAACGCACCGCAUAUCAACUGGAUAGAGCUUACAGCUCCAGGUAGCGGUUUCGAUAGUGACCUUUUAUCUACCGUUAUUCAGUGUGCACUUGUACAAUGUAUCACAAAACCGACACAUAUUGAUUUGCAUCAUGUUCUGUCACUGCUGGACCUCGCCCUCACCCACCACUCUGAGGAUGUCUUUGAUAUCCAGCACCUUCCUCCACUAGUGAACAGUGAUCACGUUGUAAUUCACUUUAAGUUUAGGACACAUGGUAUACAAUUCGUAUCUGCUCCACCCCGUCCCAAUAUCUGGCGAGCUAAUAUUCCGGAAAUCAGAAACCGUGCUAUCUCGACUGAUUGGUCGGUCGACGCGGAUGGAUUGAUCGAAGAUGAAUGGAAUAAGUUUAAGGCUACAUUCGAGUCCGUAACGUCGCCGUUUAUCCCAUGGUCAGCACGUAAGCUAUCACAUUGCCCUCCAUGGAUUAAUAAGGAAACCCGGAAGCUGUUAAAGCGUAGGAAACAUUUCUGGGACUUAUUCUUGCUGACAGGUCAUGCACCAUUUAAGCGUGAGUACCGAAAAUUCCGUAGUAUCUGUAAGAGAACCAUAGCGAAAUCCCGUACCACUUACGAACGACAGUUAGUAUAUGAUAGCCAUACUUGUCCAAAACGAUUGUUUUCGUAUGUUAAACGGCAAAUGAAACGUAGUGAUGGUAUUCCCCCGUUACUGUUACACGAAAAUUCAGAUUUACUAGCUGAAUCAGAUCAAGCAAAAGCUGAGACUUUUUCAGAUUAUUUUAGCGAAGUCUUCUCUACGUUUAUUGUAACAAAUACUUGUCCCAUUCACACCGAGAUACCAACCAUUGAAUCUGUACAGGUGACUGAGGAAACUGUCCUUCCGUUGAUAACUAACCUCAAAGGUGGUAAGAUACCGGGCCCCGACGGGUUACAUCCACGGUUGCUGUCAUCUCUUGCGGACAUUAUUUCAAAACCGCUCGCGACACUCUUCAACAUGUCCCUUUCACUCGCUCAACUCCCUAGAGAUUGGAAGGACGCUAUAGUUAGUCCUAUAUUUAAGGACGGUCAGCGACAGAUAGUAUCUAACUACCGGCCUGUCAGUCUAACUAGCAUAGUCGUUAAGUUACUCGAAAAGAUAAUUCGGGUUAGGUUGCUAAGCCACAUAGAUUUACACAAUCUGUUAGCUCCUGAGCAACACGGAUUUCGUAACAAGCGUUCAUGCUUGACUAACUUGCUUAUUGCGAGGGAGGAUUGGACAGCAGCCCUAGAUAACGGUCUGUCUGUCGUCGUGAUAUUCAUAGAUUUUAGCAAAGCGUUUGACAAGGUUUCACACGUAGGUCUUAUGCAGAAGCUCACGAGCUUCGGAAUAUUAGGUACUGUACAUGAGUGGAUAGGAAACUUCUUAUGUGAUCGCAGACAGAGAGUGAGGGUCAAUGGAACGCUAUCCGAUUGGGAGCCGGUCAAAAGUGGUGUACCCCAAGGCACCAUCUUAGGCCCUCUGCUCUUCCUUCUCUAAGUUAAUGAGUUACCACUGUUACUUAGGUCGUCGACAUUAUUGUUUGCGGAUGAUGUAAAAAUCUGGAGAACAAUAAAAAGUGCGGCUGAUCAUCUAGAUCUUCAAGCUGACUUAGACGAUUUAGUUAUAUGGGCUCGAGAGUGGGGCUUAGAAAUCAAUGCUAGGAAGAGUGUGCUAAUGCACGUCGGUCACGGUAAUAGUUACCGUUACACUAUUGAGGGUAAACCUCUUCCAUGCGUUCAAGAGCAUAAGGACUUAGGAGUAAUAUUAAGUCAUGAUUUAAAAACAACUGCACAUUGCAAAGCAGCCGCUGUCAAAGGUUUUCGUGCGUUAUGGUCACUUCGCCGAGCGUUCAAAUCUCUUGACGAGGAAACGUUUCGAAUUUUAUAUCCCAUAUAUGUAAGACCACAUUUAGAGUACUGUAUCCAAGCAGCUAGCCCGUGCCUGAUAAAGGAUACUAACUCCCUUGAGCGUGUCCAGCGUGUGGGAACGAAAUUAGUGAAGGGUCUUUCUAGACUCCCUUACGAUGAGCGCUUAAAACGCCUAAAUCUUUUCCCCUUGUCGUAUCGUAGGACACGAGGUGAUCUUAUACUGGCAUUUCGUAUCUUUAAUUAUGAUUUGGGUGUUAAUAUGUCUUAUCUUUUUUCCCUCUCCAGCACUAAUAAUCUCCGAGGUCAUAGCAAGAAGGUUCAUAAACCACGAUCUAAUAAACUUAAAGUGGGAUCCCGUUUUUCUCAUCGAGUAGUCAAUGAUUGGAACGCCUUGUCCGAACAAGUGGUAUCAGCCCCAUCAGUGAAUACUUUCAAGGAAAAG